AUGCCAUCUUCCACAGAUGCAAAGCAUCUGAUUGGGGUUCUCCUUACAGAAGAGAAAGCGAAGUCAACUGUAUACAAAGCCAGGGCAUUAGAGGAUCUUCCAGUUGGCACAGUAGUGGCCUGGUUGGAAACUCAAGACCCGGAUUUGGGAUUGGGAGGUCAGGUGCGGUAUUCUUUGGCAAAUGACUAUAAUGGCUGGUUCGAAGUGGACAAAGCAAGUGGGGCUAUCCGAUUGACCAAGGAGCUUGAUUACGAAACGCAACAGUUUUACAACCUCACUGUGCGGGCCAAAGACAAAGGACGUCCGGUUUCUCUUUUGUCCGUGACUUUUGUGGAAAUAGAAGUAGUUGACGUCAAUGAAAAUCUAUAUGGACCGUAUUUCAACCAAUUUGCUUUGACUGGAGUGAUCAAAGAAAAUUCUCGCAUUGGAACUACCCUUCUUCAAGUCACAGCCAAUGAUGAAGAUGAUGGUCGAGACGGGGAGAUACAGUACUCCAUUCGUGAUGGCAGUGGGCUGGGCCGGUUCACCAUCGAUGAAGAAACAGGUUAG